ACGAUUCUAGAUACCCAGCUCAACAGGCAGGCAAAGAGACCCUGAUUUCUCUGGUUGGAAAGACUGUUCCUUGGAAAAGAUUGGCAGCACUCCAAAACCCAAACAUGACUGAACAAAAUAAAGAGGUCCGGAUUGUUCUGGUUGGAAAGAUUGGUUCUGGGAAGAGCGCAACAGGAAACGCCAUCCUGGGGAGAAAAGCGUUUGAAUCCAAAAUGUCCUCUAUUUCUGUGACAUCCUCAAGUAAAAAGAAAAGAGGAAAUGUGGGAGGGCAACAUGUAGCUGUCAUCGACACACCAGGCUUGUUUGACACUAAGUUAACACAGGAGGAAGCACUGAAAGAGAUCUCACAGUGCCUGCUAUUCUCCGCUCCUGGUCCCCAUGUGUUCCUGGUUGUUCUCAAGCUGGGAGGAUUCACUGAAGAGCAGCAGGAAAUUGUGAAGAUGAUCCAGACAUUAUUUGGUGAUGAAGCAUCGAAAUACACCAUGGUUGUCUUCACACAUGGAGACCUUCUUGAUGAUGUAACAAUUGAAGACUUCCUGCAUGGAAAUCCCAAACUGGAAAGUUUCAUUACCAAAUGUAAUGGGGGAUAUCAUGUCUUCAAAAACAAAGAUCAGAAUCUCUCCCAGGUCCCUGAGCUCCUUGAGAAGAUAAACAAGAUGGUGACGAUGAAUGGAGGAAGCCACUACACCACUGAGAUGUUCCAGGAGGCUGAGAGAGUGAUUGAAGAAGAGAAGAACAGGAUCUUGAGAGAGAAUGAAGAGAAGAUACACAAAGAGAGGGAAGAACUGAAGGCAAAGUUUGAAGGAGUGUGUCUAAGAGAAGAAGUAGAGAAGCUGGGGAUAAAACAGGAAAGAAAAGCUAGAAAGAAUGCUGAGAAAUUUAGCAAAAUGGGAACAGGUGCUACAAUCGGAGCAGCUUUGGGAACAUUUGGAGGCCCAGUUGGUAUGUCAGUUGGUGCAGCAGUGGGAGCUGCAGUGGGAGCUGCAGUGGGAGCUGGAGCAUGCAGUACUCAAUGAGAGUCCGUAGAUAACAGUGCUGUACCUUCUACAAGUUGUUUGACUUCAUUACUUGAUAUUGAAAGCUUCCUCUAUAUACACAGAGCAAACACAACAUAUGUUAUUGUAGCCUACAUUAAAAAUUAUACUCAGGGGGUUGAUGAACACAUAUUUAGCUGUUUUUGUUAUAAUGUUUUACUGAUCACAAGAAAAGGUUGUUGUAUUGAGGUAGAUUUUAUUAGGAGUAACAGACACCUGCAAAAGAUGGGAGGCACUCACUAAUAAAGUAUUACUUAUAUGUAUUAUUAACACUCACUAAUAAAGUAUUACUUAGAUGUAUUGUUAACACUCACUAAUGAAGUAUUACUUAUAUGUAUUAUUAACACUCACUAAUGAAGUAUUACUUAGAUGUAUUAUUAACACUCACUAAUGAAGUAUUACCUAGAUGUAUUAUUAACACUCACUAAUGAAGUAUUACUUAGAUGUAUUAUUAACACUCUAAUGAAGUAUUACUUAGAUGUAUUAUUAACACUCUAAUGAAGUAUUACUUAGAUGUAUUAUUAACACUCACUAAUGAAGUAUUACUUAGAUGUAUUAUUAACACUCACUAAUAAAGUAUUACUUAGAUGUAUUAUUAACACUCACUAAUACAGUAUUACUUAGAUGUAUUAUUAACACUCACUAAUACAGUAUUACUUAGAUGUAUUAUUAACACUCACUAAUGAAGUAUUACUUAGAUGUAUUAUUAACACUCUCUAAUGAAGUAUUACUUAGAUGUAUUAUUAACACUCACUAAUACAGUAUUACUUAGAUGUAUUAUUAACACUCACUAAUAAAGUAUUACUUAGAUGUAUUAUUAACACUCUCUAAUGAAGUAUUACUUAGAUGUAUUAUUAACACUCUCUAAUGAAGUAUUACUUAGAUGUAUUAUUAACACUCACUAAUACAGUAUUACUUAGAUGUAUUAUUAACACUCACUAAUAAAGUAUUACUUAGAUGUAUUAUUAACACUCAAAUGGACACAUUUCAGCCAUCAAGCAUUUGUCAAGCAAAUUUCCCUAAGGGACAUAAUGUAAUUAAUUACUUCAUCCAUGUGAUAAUUCUGUAUUGUGUUGUUCUUAUGACCUCACAGAACUAUGGUUCUCAUAAUUGAAAGAAAGCCUUUUUAUCUACUAUGCUCCACAGUCAAUGUAUUCCCUCAUGUUGCAUAAACCUAGAAACUUGAUGCAUUACUGACACUUUGAAGUCAACACAACACUGUCUAGAGGGCAGGGAGUUCAAAUGCAAAGUCUCAUUUUCUAUCAAAUCAUGUCACUUAGGCUGCCAAAUCACACUCAAAGAGAUGGUAGCAUAACAGGAAGGUGUCACGACUUCCGCUGAAGUCGGCUCCUCUCCUUGUUUGCACACGUUUGUUUAUUUUGUAUUACAGUGUCUGGUGUUGAACAUUUAUCGCAAAUUUAUCGCACAUUUACACUUUUGCCUUGUGGGCUGGAGGUUUUCAAGAAGCUGCUUUCUUCUGUUAUUUUCUCUACUGCCAUAAUAAAGUGUGUGCUUGUUCAAUACUACCUGCUCUCCUGCACCGACUUCUCCACCAGCAGUGGAGAGCCUUGACAGAAGGAUAGACCUAAAGGGGAAGUAACAUUUCUGCAGAAGAGGUGGGGAUGUGGUGUAUAACUGGUCUUCUUCAAAUCUCUGUGCUUUGAGUAUAAGUUUUUUCACCACCCCUAACAGUAGCAAUUGUGUUGGUGACAGAGGCAGGAAGUUGAAAUGUAAAAUCAUAUGACUUAAGCUGCACUUAACUCGUUUUUCAAACACUCCACAAAUUUCUUGUUAACAAUCUAUAGUUUUGCAUGGCACAAUAAAUUUU